CGCGUUCGAGGAAAGCUUCGCGAACGGUAGUGACCCAUGUGUGCUCCCUGGUGAGACGUUCCGUGUGUCCGCCAUCGGCCCCUGUGCGCCCUCCUCAAGCGUCGCAACAACGGCUCCGCGGGCAAGCAAAACCCGCACCAGCAAGAGCCUCAGGCCCAACGCAACCCGGGCGCGACACGAAGAGGACAGAGGUGCAGAAAAGGCGGCACGGCGGCUUCGAAAAGGUAAAACACCAUGUUCCGGAAACACGCUCAAUCCCAUCUUAAUUCUCCCAUCGUGCACUCACACACACAGGGUAAGGCGACGAACCAAAAGUCCCGCGUGGGAAACGGAACCGCACCGCACACGAGACGGUGACGCAUCUGCCUGGACGAAGACUGACUCAAAGCGGGUAAGAGAGACAAACAAAAUGGCGGCGUCCAGAUCUCAAGGUCACCUUCCCCACUGUAGACAAUACCAUCCCGCGCUCGAAGCGCGGUCAAGCCAGGAAGAGCGACAUCAACGAACUGCGAAAAUUGGUGCCAAUACGAUCUCGAGAACGCCGAUCUGGAACGGCGUGGGGACAACUAGCAACAGGAACAAGAACGCACAGCGGAACCGGCCUAAGCACCUCCACCUCCACCACCCGCAACCGAAGCGGACGGCCACGGUCAGAUUGACCGCCACGAAGACCCUCCAGGAGAGGGUCUUUUGGUGGAGACUCGAGCUCGUCUGGACAUCGAGGCGGACCGGUGCUGAAGAAGUUACGGGCGGAGCGGGCCGAAUCGAACGGCCGCGGUGCGGGACGAGAGCACACGUUUGUGCGAAUCGCGUGAGAGCGCGGGGACGCGGAUCGUUCGGCGCUUCCGCGUCGUGGGCCGUCAGGAAGGAUCGAGUCGUGGCUGACUUCGGGGUGACUGCUGUGGGCGAGCGCGGCAGCAUGCAGCAACAGUGAGAAGGAGAGGCGCCAGCGAGCAAGUACCGCUAGUUUUAAGCACAAUUUCACACAAAACAUGAUGUUCCGCAUUUAGGUAGAGCCAGGUUAGGCAAAGUUUGCGAGGUCGCGUAAGCGCAUGUUUGUAUGUUUUGAGAAUCGGUACGCAAUACAGUCAUGAAGUUUAUUUUGUUGGGUUUUUUAUGCAGCUCUUGAGCUAGCCGGAAACGUCUCGUUACAAACAGGAUGCGUGAGGGUACGCUGCGGAUGGCCGUGGUCAGUCUGGAGGAGAAGGGGGAGUGGGGGAUGUUGAAAAAAAUGUGUACGGCAAGCGCAAGCAAUCGUCGGCGGUGCGCAAGAAACCGGAACCACCAACACCAAGGACGUCGACUUCGUAGUGGAUUCCCGUGGAGACGCUCAAGAAAAAAUGUCCCACAAGCAGAGCCCCCGGCAGCGAAUAGCGAAGUGGGCCGCUUUUAUCGCGCGUAACUUAUCUCAUCAUCAACGGUUUGGAUAAAACCGCAGCAUCAGCAACUGGCCACGAUGCAGAUCGUACUGGAUGCGUUUAAAAGCGAUCCCAAUAAUGCGAGCGUGAAGAUCCACUGGAAGCUAGCCCCGUUCAGGUGUGGUCUAGGGUGUGGUAAUCCAGUCAACUCAAUCGAUAUUCUUAAACGGAUUUCAAUUCGAAUUGUUUGAAACUAAAU